AUGGAGUCCACUACACAUGAUAUUGGUUCGCGGACACAGUACUGUCUCGACCAGAUCAAGAACAGAGCGAGCAACGAGCCUGCCAAAGUCAUCAUCAUCCUCGGCGGAAAAGAUGAGGGAAAAUCCAUCCUGUUUGAGGAUCUCACCAGUGCUCGGGGUCACGCACGUGAUGAUAGAGGCCCUGGAACGACAGCAUUCCAGCUCGAAGAAUUGAUCAUCAACGGCGAGCAAUUCUUCAUCAUGGACUCACCGGGCUUCGGCGCGGGAGACGAGGUAGAAGUAUUCUUCGAGGUCGCCCGUGGCAUAAAGGCGAUCUACCAGCACGCCACUAUCGUUGGAGUGCUUUUUGUGGCCAGCGUCAACUCCUCUCGGGUUGGAAACCUCGACCGUAAGCUCCCCGAGUUCCUCAAAUUGUUCUGUGGGGACGAAUUCGUCCCAAGAAUUACAUUCGUCACAACACAUUGGACGCACCCGGAUGCUGCUCAGUCAAACAGAUUCGCACAGCUUCGUUCCCUUUGGUGGAGCUUCUUGGCCGGAGGAGCAGGGUUAUAUCACCACGGUCGAAAGUACAACAAUCAACACGAGGAUACGGGGAUUUGCCUCACUUGGCCAUCGAAUCGUGAUGAGAUUGCGGGAUACGCUAGAAACAUGGUAUCUCGUCAUUAUGGUGGUGUGGAAGCCCCGGUUCUCAGGAUACUCACAGAGCUGGAUAGAGGAAACGGACUCUAUCUCACUUCUGCGGCAAAGUUUCUCAGAGCUUCAGCGAACACAUACCAUGAACCAGAGGGCAACCGGUCCGGAGGAAAUACGGCACAAGACCAACCGCCACGUCAACCUGAGCCGCAAGGGACCGAGCGGACCAAGGACCACGUACCAUCGGCCGGUCCCGACCUGAUGAACGCAGCAUGGAACAAGCUCGCCAACCUCGCGCUCAAUUAUGGCGUCGAGUUUAUCGGUAACACAUUGGAAAGCCAGUUCGUUGGAAGGGGGCCCAGUAGGCCCAGCUUCAGCUCCAGACCCAGCGUCUGUUCACGAGAUUUGAACUCAGUUGUCGACGUAUGCAAGCUGCUCGGCAUACCCUCUGACAUAGAAUCUCGAGAGGCACUUGGGGCGGGAUUCGGCAUCUCUAACGUUGGUACUGCCGAAGGGAACACGGCUCUUCUCGAGAUACUGAAGGGCUGGCUUUGA